AUUUCCGAAAAUUCUCAAUGCCAUUUGGUUCUCAAUUUCGUUUCUUUUAUUUUUUCAAGUUAUAAUACAUAUAAAUAAACCAAGAAUAGUAAACAAAUUGAAAUAUGCACUAAAAUUCGUUGUUCUAAGCAAAACAAAAAACAAUAGCAAAAGCAAAGGCAGAGCAAAACAAUAAAGCAAAACAAAAAAUCAAGAAGAAAAUUCAAGCAAAAAGCAGUUUGGAGUACGUGCAACAUGGGUGUACGUCAGUGGGUGCAUCUGCUGAUGAAUGUGCGACGAGCCGGGCUCACCACGCACCCGAUAACAUAUCGGCUGAGGAGCGCACUGAUCCGGACGUUGCCCUGGCUGCAGAUUCAGAGGCCGCUGCAACAGCUGCCGCAUAGCCAACAAAUCGGCGGUCGUCUGGGCAAACGUGCCCCCAACGCGGAUCUCUGGCGCACACAGAAGCUGCGCCGCUACGAGAAGCCGCUGACGAACAGGAACCGCAACGACAAUCCAGAGUGCUGCAUGCCAACCCAAUCCCAACCCCAAACCCAAUCCCAAACCCAAUCCCAAUCCCAAUCCCAAUCCCAAACCCAAUCCCAACCUCCGCAACCUCCGCAGCAGCAGCAGCAGCCGCCGCAUGCCACAACCGCGAUCCGAAAUUCCUUGGCAAUGAGAGCGCGCAAAUCGGAUCUGAAGCAGCCGUUGCAGGUGCGGGACGCGCUAGUUAGUCGCUGGAUUAACUACAGGCAUCUCUCCUCCAAGCGCUGAGCGGCCCGCUCUCUCUCCCUUUCUCUCUAUUCGUAUAUUCGUCUUUCUGUAUGUGUGUGCGUGCGUGUGUGCGUGUGUGUGCCCAUGGUGUCUGGUCAAUUCCCAUGCGUAGCUGAUUUCAACAUCAUUAAAAAUCAUCCGAAUUGCCGCUCGUGACAUAA